AGGCCAGAGCUAUAGCUCUGUGCAGCCCACAUGAGGAUGUCUCCCAGCCUUCAGGAAGGUGCUCGGCUUGGGAAAAGCAAACCCUCACCCUGCUCCUUUUCAAUUGAGAGCAUCUUAGGACUGGACCAGAAGAAAGACUGUGUUCCAUCAAUGAAACCCCACAGGCCCUGGGCAGACACCUGCGGCUCUUCAGGGAAAGAGGUUAACCUAUGUCUACAUGUCCCGAGUCUUCCUAAUGGGAUCUCAUUACCUUGUACUGUGGAUCACUCAGUGCCGGAAGAAAGUGUUUUGAAAUAUGAAGAUUUUUCAGCCUCAGAAAGACUUUCCUUGAAAAGAGAAUUGAGUUGGUAUAGAGGCCGAAGACCCAGAACCGCUUUUACUCAAAACCAGAUUGAAGUGUUGGAAAAUGUCUUUAGAGUAAACUGCUAUCCUGGCAUUGAUAUCAGAGAAGACUUAGCUCGAAAAUUGAACCUAGAGGAAGACAGAAUCCAGAUCUGGUUCCAAAAUCGGCGUGCAAAACUGAAAAGAUCCCAUAGAGAAUCACAGUUUCUCAUGGCCAAAAAAAAUUUCAACACAGAUCUCCUGGAACAGAUAGAAAACUAAACAUGGGGAAUUAUCUUCCAAUUGCGGAAUAUAAAGAAUCAAUGGGAAUAUCAAGUGUUAAAAAUGUGAC